AGUAUCCUCAACAAGCUGACUCCAGAGAAGUUUGAGCAGCUGAUGAAAAAGUUUACUGACCUCCAUCCUGCCAUCAAUACAGAGGAACGACUGAAUGGAGUGGUAGAGCUGGUGUUCGAAAAAGCCAUCAGUGAACCCAGCUCUCUGGAACCUACGCCAGUAUGUGUCGCUCUCUGACCCCAUUGAAAACAUACCAGAUCGGUCAGCCCAAGAUGAAGGUUGGUUUCGUGGGGUUGCUGCUUACACGGUGUUGGAAGGAGUUUAUGAAGGACAGGUCCUAUAACAACCCCUGGCCUUGAAACAUAAAGAGAUGGAGGCUGCUGCAUCAGCUGGGGAACAGGAAAGGCUGAAGGAAGAGCUGAAACAGAUGAAGAUUAAGGCCCACAGAUGCUCCUUAGGAAACAUCAGGUUCAUGGGUGAGCUCUACAAUCAGCAGAUGCUGACAGAGGCCAACAUGCACGAUUGCAUGCGCAAGUUACUCCAAAGCCACAAUGAGCAGUCACUUGAGUGACUCUGUAAGCUGCUCACCACUGUGGGCCAAGAAUUGGACAUCGAGAAAGCAAAGUGAAAGAUGGAUGGAUCCUUCAGCCAGUUGCAGGAGCUGAUCAUGGAGUGAAAAAUGUCCUCUCGUAUAUGCUUCAUGAUGCAGGAUGUUGUGGACCUGAGACUGAACAAUUGGGUGUCUCGGAGAGCUGUUCUGGGACCUUAGGUUAUCAAGCAGGUCCAUGAAGAGGCAGAAAUGGAGGAACAAGUGGAAGAAAAGGUUCUUCAUAGGAAGAGAACAGUGGUGCAAAAAAAGGAGAUCUGGAGCUCUGUGUUGUCAAUGGGAAAGGACAGGACAGCAGAGCCCAGUGUAGUUCCCAAAGCCUCCACACCAGAACCAGAGGGCUCAGUGUGUGAACUGCAACCAAAGGGCUCUGAAGAUAUCUCUACAUCAGAACCAGAGGGCUCAGAACAGGCAGCAGUGGAAGCAGCAGUUGAGUCCUCCAAACAAGAAACAGAGGAGCCCUCCGCACCACACCCAGAGGAGCCCUUUAAACCAGAACAAGAGGAGCCCUCUGCAGCAAACCCAGAGGAGCCCUCUAAACCACAACAAGAGGAGUCCUCUAAACCAGAACAAGAGGAGCCCUCAACAGCACACCGAGAGGAGCCCUCCGCAGCACAACCAGAGCCCUCUAAACAAGAACAAGAGGAGCCCUCUGCAGCACACCCAGAGGAGUCCUCUAAACCAGAACAAGAGGAGCCCUCAACAGCACACCGAGAGGAGCCCUCCGCAGCACAACCAGAGCCCUCUAAACAAGAACAAGAGGAGCCCUCUGCAGCACACCCAGAGGAGCCCUCUAAACCACAACAAGAGGAGCCCUCUGAACAAGAAAAUGAGGAACCCUCUGCAGCACACCCAGAGGAGCCCUCUAAACAAGAACAAGAGGAGCCCUCCACACCACACCCAGAGGAGUCCUCUAAACCACAACAAGAGGAGUCCUCUAAACUACAACAAGAGGAGCCCUCCACAGCACACCCAGAGGAGCCCUCUAAACCACAGCAAGAGGAGCCCUCCGCAGCACACCCAGAGGAGCCCUCUGAACCACAGCAAGAGGAGCUCUCCGCAACACAUCCAGAGGAGCCCUCUAAACAAGAACAAGAGGAGUCCUCCGCAGCACACCUAAUGGAGCCCUCCGCAGUACACCCAGAGGAGCCCUCCGCAGUACACCCAGAGGAGCCCUCUGCAGCACACCCAGAGGAUCCCUUUAAAUAAGAACAAGAGGAGCCCCCUGCAACACAAACAGAGGAGCCCUCUAAACCAGAAAGAGAGGUGCCCUCCACAGCAAACCCAGAGGAGCCCUCUAAACCACAACAAGAGGAGCCCUCCGCAGCACACCCAGAGGAGCCCUCUAAACCACAACAAGAGGAGCCCUCAACAGAAGAACUAGAGGGCUCAGAAGGCUCUGAACCAGCAGAGGUGGAGACAGAAGACCCAUCAAUCCUCUUAACUGAGCCCUCAACACCAGAGCACUCAGAGCCACCCUCAGAAGAGAGUCUCUCCAUAGAUGGGAGCAGUGAAAACAUGACUGGAAGGAGGCACCAUGUGGAAGACAAGUUGACAGUGGGGGUGGUGAUAAUUAAGGCUAUUGCAUUUGUUUUAAAUGCAGAAUUUUAUUAAGGGGAGAAUCACAAUUAGUGCAUUUAAAGAAUGUGCAUUUAAAAAAAAUGGUGCAAAGAAAUUGUGCAAAGAAAGAAAGAAAUGGUGCAAAGUGAAAAAAGAGAUGUGGUGCAAAUAAAAAAUAAAUUAAAAAAAUAUAAAACGUUAUUUAAUGAAUAAUCCAGCAGACGUAUCAAGACAGUAACAAGCAAAGGUCCAAGUAGGCCCAAGAAGACUCCGAGAUGUCUGCUCUCCCACUAAUCAUUAUCAGUUUUUACUACCCCUUUGCUGACACUGGUCCACCAACUAGUGGACCUCAGAGACAUUCCAGGUGGGGGAAGGUAGCCACAUGCAAAAGCAAAGGAAUGUGGCUGAGAAGAAACUCACUCCAUUCCCCCACAGGAAAGACGCAUAAAGCCCAUAAAACAGACUUUUCUUCAUUAAUUUAUAGACAAUGUCCUCAGGACAUUGUGUGUAUGAUUAUUACCAUCUCGUAUAGUGUUUUUUGUACUGUAUACCAUUUUGUGCAUGCUUUAUGACAGAACCACUAGAUAAUGUAAAAUUAUUGGUAUCAUGCUUCCUAUCAAGUUAAUCCUUGUGUGAUGCCCUAAACAUUGGAGUAUAGCACCCCUUAUAGCAUGCAUUGUAUGCUUGUUAUAUUAAUCAUAGCAUAAAGGGGCACAAACUGCUAGCUAACUCCAAUCAUGCGAAUGAGUCAGCUUCCAAACAAAGGAACUUUUCCCGCUGGAAAAUUGCACCUUUCUCAUUGGUCAAGCCAAACUCGAGAGGAGUGACCUCCCUCAGUAGUUAAAGUGCACUGUCAGAGUGACCUCUCUCUCUCUCUUCUCUUUCUCUCUCCCUUCUGCUCAUGGUUGCUGUUUGUGUGGGACCGGAAACACCUGGUCUGACCGCGAGGUCGCGGGCUGGCAGGCCUCAAACACAUCAAGCCAUGUGUAACUUCCUUGACCAUAACAGAGUCAAAUUAACACUGCAAGUUCAUCAUCAUUUCUUCAUUAAACGCGGAAGAAAUUGAUUGCAACUUCAACACCAUCGACUCAAGGAACCAGCAAGACUUUCUCGUGAGACUGCAUCCGGGCACUCUCUCAAUAGUCAAGGCAUUGCAAGUAUCAUACAAUUAACUAACUAAACAGAGGUUUAGUAUAAGCUGAUUCUUAUAAGUAAGGUUCUUUGAAGGUUCUUUGAAGUAAGAAACUGAUGGUUUUUUCAGAUGGUUAAAUGACUCUUUUCAUAACUUCAUUCCCCUGUUCUGUUCCUGUUUCAUUCACUUUCACUUUUCCAUUUCCCAUGUAUGCGUGAUUUGUGUGUAUGUGUUUGUUUAGAUUAGUUAUGUGUUCAUGAUUUAGUUAAA